AUGGUUUUUCAGGUGGUGUUUUUCACCAACUCCGGAACAGAAGCAAAUGAGUUAGCGAUGAUGAUUGCACGGUUGUAUACUGGGUGCCAUGACAUCAUAUCACUGAGGAAUGCGUACCAUGGGAAUGCAGCGGGGACUAUGGGUGCCACUGCACAAUCUAACUGGAAAUUUAAUGUUGUGCAGAGUGGAGUUCAUCAUGCCGUGAACCCAGACCCAUACAGAGGCAUCUUUGGUUCAGAUGGUGAACAGUACGCAAAAGAUAUUGAAGACCUCAUUCAAUUUGGAACUUCUGGCCGUGUUGCUGCAUUUAUUUCUGAAGCUAUACAGGGAGUGGGUGGUAUUGUUGAAUUGGCUCCUGGUUACAUGCCUGCUGCCUAUAGCAGUGUUAAAAAAGCAGGAGGCAUUUGUAUUGCCGAUGAGGUCCAAUCUGGUUUUGCUCGCACAGGGAGUCAUUUCUGGGGAUUUGAGGCCCAUGGAGUUGUGCCAGACAUAGUGACAAUGGCCAAGGGCAUCGGAAAUGGGAUUCCCCUUGGUGCUGUGGUAACUACUCCUGAGAUUGCACAGGUCUUGACGCAACGCAGUUACUUUAAUACCUUUGGAGGAAACCCCGUAUGUACUGCCGCAGGGCUUGCUGCUCUCAGAGUGAUUGAGAAAGAAAAACUUCAGGAUAAUGCACAUGCCGUGGGAUCCUAUCUGAAAGGACGCCUCAAUACCCUCAAGGAUAAGCAUGAAAUUAUUGGGGAUGUGAGAGGAAGAGGAUUGAUGCUUGGAGUUGAGCUUGUAACUGAUCGGCAAUUGAAAACUCCUGCGAAGGUUGAAAUUCUACAUGUGAUGGAGCAGAUGAAAGACAAUGGAGUGCUGAUCGGCAAAGGUGGAUUCUAUGGCAAUGUUUUCAGAGUUACACCUCCACUCUGCUUCACUAAGGAAGAUGCAGACUUUCUUGUGGAUGUUAUGGAUUAUGCAAUAUCAAAUACGUGA